UCCCACAGCAGGAGUUCAAAUAGACUUCUCGCCACCGGAAAAGCCGUGGAGUCUCGGCUUCCGCUCCUCUCGGUGGCGAAGGCGACGCGUCCCUGAUGAGCCCUGGUGGAUCGCCCCGGCCCCUCGUCCUUGUCCUCUACACCGUUCAAGAUCUAUCGCAGUGUUGAUGGUGGGUGUAGUAGUUUUCAGUGCCACAUCGAAGGUGUAACAAUUUCUUAUCUUGCAAACACUUUCCACGAGGGAGCCUUGAGCUCCUUGUUAUGGCUGUUGCCAAGGGCAACAGCAGAGAUCCACCUUACAACUGCUACAAGGUCCCUGGCCUCAGUAAUCCCAUCCUAGAAACCCCCCAUAUAUCAUACCUUGAGGACCGAUAUGUUUUACUGGAAGAAUUGGGUUGGGGACAAUUCGGAGUUAUCAGGGCUUGCUCUGACAUGCUUACCGGAGAGUCGGUCGCCUGCAAGUCUAUUGCCAAGGAUCGUCUUGUCACACCUGAGGAUAUCCGGAGCAUCAAGCUUGAGAUUGAGGUCAUGGCACGGCUCUCAGGCCACCCCAACGUUGUCGACCUCAAGGCUGUAUAUGAGGAUAAUGACUAUGUGCAUCUUGUGAUGGAGCUCUGUGCUGGUGGCGAGCUUUUUCACCGGCUUGAGAAACAUGGUUGCUUCUCUGAACAUGAGGCUGCUGUUCUCUUCCGGCAUCUCAUGGAAGUCGUGAUGUACUGCCAUGACAAAGGUGUGGUUCACAGGGACCUGAAGCCGGAGAACAUUUUGCUGGCUACAAAGUCUUUAUCUUCACCAAUCAAACUGGCAGACUUUGGACUAGCUACUUAUAUCAAGCCAGGGCAGAGCUUGUCUGGGACUGUUGGAAGUCCAUUUUACAUUGCACCAGAGGUAUUGUCUGGGGGAUACAAUGAAGCAGCAGAUGUAUGGAGUUCUGGAGUGAUUCUUUACAUUCUUCUUAGUGGAAUGCCACCCUUUUGGGGGAAGACCAAAUCAAGGAUAUUUGAAUCAGUUAGGUCUGCAGAGCUACGAUUUCCAUCUGAUCCAUGGCAAAGCAUAUCUGACUCUGCAAAGGACUUAAUUGGAGGAAUGUUAUGUAGAGAUCCUACUCAGAGACUCACAGCUAAACAGGUUUUAGAUCAUUCCUGGAUAACAGAACACACACAGCAACCAGAAGUCUCAUGCGGGCAAUGCCAUGAAGUCAGUUUUACACCGGGAGACCUGGGAAACUCUUCAUUCUCUACCCCUCUUGUGUCUGCAAGCCGUGAUGUCAGCUUCAGUACUAGUUCCCUCAUUCCCUGCCAGAGAGUUGAAGACCAUUCUUUGCCUGCAUUCACAUGCAGAUCAUCAUGCUCCUCAUUUAUUGUUGAUGUUCCAUUCUCUUCUACUAUCAGCUUCUCUUUCCAGAAUGGCUGUGAAUCGGAUGGCAUGAGAUUCUGCUCACAAAUGCCGGUGGUGCCAAGUUUUGCUUUCUUCAUGCCUGAGCAACAAAAACCAUUCAGUUUUACGAGUGAAGAAUUAAAGAUCAAGGCAUCUCAGACUGACUCAAGCUUGAGGAAGCUCUCUGUGUUACCCUACUCGGCUGCAUGCUCUAGUCGAGACUUAAGAGAAUUGGAUCAUAAAGGGCUUGAAGCUAGAAGAGGACUCGGAACUAAUUCCAGAGCCAUUGGCAUCCACAGCAGAAGGAACCACACCAUCGGGCUUGGUGAGCGUGACCAGCUUGAUCUUGUGGUUUCGGAGUCGGUCAUACGUUGGGCAUCAUGCACGCACCUCUCAAGUGCACCGUCCCUUAGGUCCUCCCUUGUAUGUUGACAUCCUGCAGACCUCAAAUCGACGAACCCGUUUGAGAUCCUACUUCAUGUUGUGUUUGUCAGCAUAACUCGCAUAUGGUCACAAGCCGGCACCUUUGAUGAA